AUGCCACCUUCCAUUAUACCAUACCGUCAUUUGCUUCGACUCGGUUGUCUAAAGAGAAACUAUAUUCGUCACCUAUCGACUACACCUAUUUGCUUCAAAGAUGCUAAUGCUGCCAAAAGAGAACUACUAUCAGAUCAGCGCUUACAAGCCAUGGUAGCCGAAUUAGAGAAAUCUGCCAACCUCCAGCAAGGCAACGAUAUCCUGUUAGAGUCGAUCGAGACCUUGAAGCCAAGCCAAGAGGUGAUUACAGUGGAGGAAUUCGAUAAACUAGUUAACGUGUUUGAGAAGUCGUUCAGUGUGCGUCAAUUGGCAGAAUAUUCUGCUGUGCAUCAUUUACCUAGAAACAAACGCAAGAAGCGACAAUUGAUUGACGGCAUUAUGAAGAAUUAUUGGGGGAUUCAGACAGUAGAGGAAUUCGACGCUGCUAGAGAAAAAGAGGCCUUGGAGAGACGAAGAGAUCUUGUCAAAGAGACUUUACCAGCAUCGUUCCAGCAAAUGUUCUUUAUCAUUGGCAGUAAUGGUGAUACUAUUCGCACCAUUGAAGAGAAACACCAAGUUUUGAUUACAAUCGAUGUGGAAAAGAAAGAAUACGCAGUUGAGGGUCCAUCCAAGGCAGUUGCUCAAGCCAAAAAGGAGAUCUUGACGCAUUUGAACAUCAUCCAAGAGGAGGUGGAUGUACCUAAAAGGAUCAAAGAGGACACACAGCUGAAAAAUGAAGUGGAUGAAUCACUGGCGGAUGUGUCGGAACUGGCUGGCAGCUUUAUUACACUGGAAAGAGACAAAUUUUCGUUGGCUAGCACAUCCACAGAGAAUCUGAUGAAUGCAAAACGAUUAUUGAAUUUGAUGCUCACAGAGAUGGGAGCCACCAGUAAAGCAGCCUUGGAUUCAGCAGAUCAUACAAUUGUACAUAAACACAUGGAAUAUACAGUUUUACCAAUGCAAGAUGCGUCAUCUAUGCCACUGUACGACAAGAAGCUGAAUUGGAACAGACUGGAAUAUAGAAACAAGGAUGAACAGGAUGAUUAUGUGGUGUUGGACAGUCAAGACGUGAUAGGUGGCAUUGACAACAUGAAGGAUUUGCUAGUAAAACCAUUGAGUGUUGGUGUUGGCGACAAUGUGUCUUUGGAAGCCAGAUUUGGCAAACUGCUAUUUCAUGAUGAUAAAUUACCACUCACAUCAACCGCUACCAACAUCAGCACACUCUUCAAAAACAGAACACGCUUUCUCAGCAGCAUUCCGCCCCGUAAUAUCACCACGCCUUACAUGCCCAUCAUUCACUCUUUAGACGGUGGAUUCCACCAACGUACAAUUCAGUUAGAGUACGUCAAUGAGUCAUUAAUAGCAGAGGAUAAGAACGAGAAUUCGGAUUUGAAGCGUCUCUUGGUUGAAUUUCUAAUCCAAGAGGAUGGCAAUCUCAAUGUAAAGAAGGUGAUUGCAGAAAAGAACCGCUCUGUCGUGGAUAUUGUGGGAUUGCAUGGCCGCAUUGAUGUGCGUCUCUUAGCCAAGCAGUAUCUCAACUACACAGAGGAUGAGGAUCAUAUACAAGCAUUGCUAGAGCAGUGCAAGUUGGUCGGUUACGGCGAGAUGUUGGCACCCAAGCAGCAAUCGAUUCUCAAUGAGCGUCUGGUUCUAUCCGAUAUUUCGUUUAUCAACAAGAAGAGGUAUUUGUUUGAUGAUGGCUUGAUCAGUGUAAAUCAUGUUGAGCAGCAAGAUAAAAAGGUUAAAAGAACCGAAAUGAUGGUAACCUCAGUUGAACCUCAAACAUUAGACACUAGCAAUGCCAUUGAAAGAUGGCCUUCUUUUGCCAAUAUUUUAAAGAACAUUGCACGCAAAUGGGAAUAUUGA